UUGUGCCCUGAAUCGUUUCCAAAGAGUGAUGACGAUCGACGACGAGAAUUCCGUUUACGUCGGCGGUCUUCCUUACGACGCGACGGAGGAAACCGUUCGGAGAACCUUCAGCAUCUACGGUCACGUAAUCGCCGUCAAGAUAAUUAAUGACCGUGGGGUUGGUGGAAGAUGCUAUGGAUUUGUAACUUUCACGAAUCCUCGCUCUGCAAUUGACUCUAUCAAAGAUAUGAAUGGAAGGACUAUAGGCGGUCGAAUUGUGAGAGUAAAUGAUGUGAAGACCAGAGGUGGAAGGUCGAAUUUUGGCCGUGAAAAUAUUCCAAGGAAUGGUGUAAGGGAAAACUGGGACAGGGACAGGGACAGAAAUGGACGGGAUAGGGAUUAUAGUCGUGAGAGGGAUCGAUUCAAGGAUCAUAGUGAAGACCGGUCUCAAAGCGACGAUCAUGGCAGGGAGCAGCGAGGAUAUGAUGAUAGGGAUGACCAUGUCAGGAAAAGGGACGAGUAUGAGAUUAGAGAUGACCGUGUCGGGAAAAGGGACGACUAUGAGCAUAGAGAUGGAAUUCGAGUUCAAGAUAGAGGUCUGGAUAAUAAGGAACCAGCAAUUGAUAGAAAGCGAGACCGAGAAUGGGAAAGUAGUAAUGAAUUUGGUAGGGUUCAAGAUGAGGAGAUAGAUAGAAAUGGAAAUGACCGACAUCAUUCUUUGAAGAAAACCAAUGGUUCUCAAACCAAUGAACGGCGUGACAGGGAGCUUCGAUCAGUAACUAGCGACGAGGACAAUGAUGAAGAAAUAUCAAAGCAACUACAUGUAUCAAAUCAGCAGCUGGAAGAACUCCAGAAACAGAUAUCUGAGAUGGAAGAUUUGGUAGAGGAGAAGCAACAACUUGUUAUAAAGUUACAUGAGAAGUCCCAGAAAUUGGAGAACUCAUUAACCACAACGAAGAAGGCUUCAUCUCAUCGUCAAGCCCUUCUGACCAAGCUUCAUAGGUACUAUCUGCUUGUAAAAGAAAAUCGCGAAAGGCUUAAAACCUCUGAACAGGAGCUUCAGUCACUCAUCGAGUCUACAAGGAUAGAAGUAGAUGUUGGUAUAGAUGCAGCCAAUUAAGGAUAGAUGCAGUCAUAAAUGGUUAAUGGUUUAUAGUUAGUUGGACAUCAAUGUAAAACCACAAAGGGGUUCAAAAGUGUUGUUUUUACCAACCUUGUGGUUAUUUCUAGUGAUGUAUUUACAUUUAAGGUUAAAAAAAGUUACAAGAAUUAUUGAUG